GCGUGGGCUGCCGAAGCAUUGGCCGUGCAGGAGGUGCCGCAUGUCAUCAACGACCCUCCUCGAUUCUUUGGCGACGGUUGUCAAUGCAUCCUGGCAGAGAGAUUCCGUCGGCGUCAACAUCUCCUUGGACGGCCCCUGGUACCAUCUGAUGAGCUACUUUGUGACGCUGGAAGCCUUGCGGUUCAAGAUUCGGCCCAGCAUUCGCAAAGUGCUCGUGAGGACCAAGUCGCGGAACACCUGAAGUUCGAAUUGUACAUUCAAGCUGGUGUCGGGGCAGCAUGCUGGGUUGACGGUCGUACAAUGCGCGGGAUGAUGCUUCCGCCCUCAUCCAGAGACUCGCAAUCGCAGCUCUUCGAGAGCUUCAACCGCUCUCUGUCUGAGGAUGGUUUCUACAGCGACAACAGUGUCGAGUCCGGUUCAGACGGGCAAGAUCACAUGCGAGAAAGUCGAUACAGCCCAUCGCCCUGCUUCGACCCUUACAGAGCAGGGAGAAGCGAACCUAGCAAGCAGCUCGCUGUCAGUGGGGCCAGGAGAUUGCUUUCCAAGAGUUGUACGUUGGCAGAGAAGCUGGGCGAUCUUGCCUUUGCCUGCCUGUCCCUGCGCAGCUUCCAGCUGCCGCUGGAAGUGCGGGAGAGAGUUCGCUCGUUCCUGCCGGCUCCCGAAGAGGAGCUGGCGGGAAGGCACAUCUUGGGUUUGCACAACGGCCACGACUUCUUCUUCCGGUCCAUGGCUUCGCUUCCGGCCGGCCGCCUCAAGUGCUCGCACGACUACCCCUCCUACUCGUACCAAGGACAUGGCUGUUUUUCCGUGGCCGACUUCUGCGCUAGCUUGGGAUGUCCAGUGGCCCCAACUGCACCCGUGGCGCUGGCCAGGAGAUGUUCUGACGGCUUCGACGGAAAGAAAGAGCGCCUGGUGCCCCUGCCUGCUGAGUUUGCAGUGCUGGUGCCGAGAGAUGCCCCAGCACAGCUGCAAGCCUUGUUGGAGUACAUGGAACAUGAGGACAAUGAGGACUGGUAUCGGGAUGUGCGUGUGCUUGAUCCUCUGGAGAACUGUGAUUCGCCGAUCGAUGCGGACUCUGACUAUCGCAGCCAAAGACAAAGACAUCGAGCGGAUGAGCUCGCAGCCAGAAGUGAGCGAUGGGAUCCACAAAGCAACCGGCCACUUGAGCUCGACCGGCAACUGCACAGUGUUGCUGGCUAUGCGCAGCCGGAUCACGUGCUGGGGAUGGGCCCAGGGCCAAUCCGAAAAUAUGCCUGUCCAGACCAUGCCCCGAAGGUGUUGAUCCGCAACUUGCUGCAUCGCGGGGCAAACCCAAGUAUCACCAUCAAGGGGGAGACAGCCUUGGAAAAGGCGAUGAAUGCUCGCGAGAGUCUGCAAUCGCAUAUCCAAGAUCUUCGAGCCGGUCGCCUCUCCCCCGACAAGGUUCUUCAGAAGUAUGCGCAUUCGAAAACUUUCGAGGAAGCGCGAGAGCAUGCGAGAGCCUUUCUUGCGGAGCUCCAAAUGUUUGAAGAUUCCAUACGUUUGUUGAGAGCGGCUGCCAAGGCAUGGAGUAAGGCAUCGCCGGCAAAGCAAACCUUCUGCUCCCAGCUCUACUUGCACGGUAAGGGCGUCCUUCGCCCGGAUCCUGGGACGCUGCAUCAUGCCCUGAUGGCAGCAGAACAGGAGAGUGCCCGGGCCCCUCCCGUCUUGCUGGAAGACAUCCUGGACUUGGCCACUGCAAUGUGGAAGCUGGCACGGGGACGGACCGGGCGCAUUUGCAGCCAGUGUGGCAUGCGGCCAAUACAGGACUUCAGCAAAAGCCAACUCAACAACAGGAAAGACCGGCGGCGCUGCAAAAGUUGCACGGGAGCUGACCAACCCAAGAGGGGCAAAAAGGCCAAGGAUGGGCGCAACUGCAGAGAUGCGGAGAUCUCGGACGUGAUGGUGCCGAGCAUGUUCAGCCAGGUCUUCACGAGCCAGUGCCUGCCGGGCGAGGUGGCCCAGGCUCUCCUCCACGGCCAGGAGUGCGUGCUGGAGCAGAGUUUGGACAAAUUCGUUCACCUCAAGCGGAGCCUCCUCUACAUGUCCACUGUCAUUGCCGAGUGCCACGAUCCUGAUUUUUGGGGCUUCAGCGUGCGUGACAUUGCCGUUGCAUGUGGCAAUGCCAUCUGGCAGCUGGCAAAGCGGAGUGGCGGCUCGGUGCCGCUCGGACGCAGCUUCCUAGGCCGCUUCGCCUGGAACCCGAGACGAGGCGUGGAGAACGACGUGUACUGGAGCUCUCCGCAGAAUCCGCAUCAGCCGCAAGGAUGGCUCCCCGGCCAGCCCUGGCAUCAUCAGUGUGGUCCGCACCACUUCGAGGGGCCCGUGGAGAUUCGGCGGCAGCCGGGCGAGGACUUCUUCAAGCCAGGCCUCUGGGUCCCGGAGAAGUUUUUUGGCCCGAUGUGCACGGAGAUCGGUCGCUUCUGGAUGAUGAUGGGCCUGCGCCAUGUUGCGACUGCUGAAGAGGAUCGCAUCCUGUAUGUGUUGCCAGUGACUUUCUCCACGUGGAACAAUCCCUGGCACCAUAUGCACUGGUGGAUUCCAGCAAUUGUCGAACUGAAGCUCAAUCUUGAACUGAAGCCGGAAGAUGUCGACCUGGCAUUCGCUUUCCCCGCGGAUGGAUCCGACUGGGGCGCCUCUGCGAAGCACAAGCUGGACACCUCCGACCUGGCCAACAAGCCGAUGCAGCGUGCGGAGCCCCUGCAAUGGUCCUUCCUGCAGGCCAACUUUCCCAAGGUGGCGGAUAAGAAGCGCGUGAGGGAUCUUCGUGCAUGGAAGACCGGCGGCUUUCAUGAGGACAUCCUCCGACUUCUUUCAGCUCGGCCGGGGAAGCAGCUGAAGGACUGCUUUGGCAAGACCUACAAAAAGGUGAUCUUUGGCCUUCCACCUCUGCGCUUCCAGGUGCAGACUUCCAGCCUAAGCUGCGCGGAUGUCAGGCGAGCCCGGAGAUUUGUGGUUGAUGCUGCUGGGAUCACAGAAGCUGCGCCAGCCAACCGGAGGCAAGCAGCAGUGAUACAGCGGCCGCUCAUGACGGGGCGUGCCAUCAUCAACAUAGAGGAGGUCUCGGCGAUGCUGCGGCGGGAUUUCGAGCAGCAGCUUUCUUUUCACACAAUCGGUGACCUCAAG